AUCAAUUUCAGGGGACAAUUUUGCUGAGAAAUAUAAGCACGGCAUCCUCAGGACGUUACCAGUGUGUGUCAUCCAACCUCAUGGGAACAAGUACCUGCCUUUUAGACCUUCAGGUUGUUGCACCUCAGCACCAAAGCGUGGGACUUAUUGCCGGAGCUAUUGCGGCAGGCGUGCUGGUGUUAAUCAUUUGUUUAGUUGUCGUAGCUGUGUGCUUGGUCUACUGGAGGAACAAACAUAAGGAAGAAGAGGAUGAAAUCCCUAAUGAAAUUAGAGAAGAUGAUCUUCCACCAAAGUGUUCGUCCUCUACCAAAGCAUUUCACCCUGAUGCAUCCUCAUCCGAGCAAGACACCUUUACAUCCACCAACACCUACAAUGGCCACUACUGGAAUAAGACCAAGCCUAAUUAUAAUUCUGGAUCUUACGUUCACUAUAAUGGCAACGGUGUGCGUCAGUCUUCUGCCCGUUCAGUGGCGGGUCAUAUAAGGUUAAAUUAUGCUAAUGGUGGACAACCUACCCCAGGUCCACCAAAGACAUUAGUGGUCACAACCAACACUGCCCCCUCUCCUAAGACUGGAGUUAGGAGCAACGGCACAGUUGGCAGAAAACCAAAGCCAUCCCAAACUAGGUCUUAUGCUGUGAGCCAGGCCGCACUGGAGAGAAUAGGUGCUGUGCCAGUUAUGAUACCAGCACAGAGCAGAGCUGGAUCCUUGGUAUAGGAAUUUGUAUCCUUUAUUGUUAAAUGAGAACACCAUUAGCAUGUGGGAUGGCAUCCUUGCACCUGUCAUUUCCUUUCAUUUUGGUAGUCAAUUAAAAGUGCUGAAAUCAACCAGUCUUUUGUUCUCUGGAGAGAUGACAAAACCCUGGGACAAGGAUUAAACAGGGAAAUGUGGACAGUUUGCAGAGAUUAGAACUAAUCAUUGCAGUGCCAAGCAUAGCCCGAGGGCUUCCAGUGCUGAAUUGCUUAUGUGCCUCCCUCAUCCAGCCGGUUGAUCAUAUGCUCAAAUCCAUUUAUGGCUUUUAUAUUUCUAACACCUGCCUUGUUUGGAAUUCUGCUUAUUUUAUUGAUACAUAAUGAAGGUGCUAUAGAGCCCCACCAAACACCAGCUAAAAAUACGGCAAUCAGCACUCGCAAUCUACUCUUGGUCCAGUACCACUGAUGAGUGAAUAUAUUCAUUAAUGAUGCUGGGAAUUCUCUUUGACGAAGAGACAAACAGCUGUGGAUAUCUUUGGAGCAACUCUCAUUAGGCACUUAGCUUAACCUGUUAGAUAAACUGAAUCCCUUCAGCAGUCACUAGACGAUUCCAUGUGAUUUCUACAUUGUAGUGACUGAUCAGAUGAUUUCUUAAGUGCAGAUGGCUUAUACUGCAAUUAUGCAACUCAGUAUUAUUUUAUACACUCAGUUAUGCUUUCACAUUUAUUGUUUUGUUUUACCAUUAAUGUUAAUGCUGCACACACUUAUUUAUUUGUCAUAUAACAUUGUAUGUGUGUUUUAACCUCAGUUAGUGUCAUGAUUCAAUUGGUAUUCAGUAUGGCAACCAUGAAUAGAUACAAUACAUGAAUUACUCUGUCUCAUAAUAUUUCAGUCGAGCACUUGAAAACCAGGCAGUAUCAAACUAUCUUAAUCCUGGAGAAUGUCUUGAUUCUUAUUCUAUUUGGUACCACUCUAAAUAAGUUGGUGUAUAUGAAUGAUUUGGUUUUUACAUGACAUCUUGUAAUUCUACAGAUAUAUUUUUAAUCGACAAUAGCAGAAAAGGACUAUGCACUUUUUUUAAAAUAAAAAAGCCAUUAUCUUAA